AUGAUUUUAUAUUCUAAUAAUAGCAUUAUUCUGUUGGUUUUAUUUUUUUAUUUUUUUUUACUUUGUAAAAUAAAAGCAGGAAAAAGUUCAUUAAACUAUAAAACUCAGUUAAAAAUUAAUAAUGGAAAGAAUGUAUGUAUUAAAAGAAAUAAAGAUAUUGAACAUAAGCUGUUCUUCUUAAAAAAGAAAAAAAACUAUGUUUUUAAAAAUAAGAAUGAUUUUGAAAAAAAGAUAAUUAACAUCCUUAAUCUCAAUUAUAAAGAAAACAAUAAUAUAUUAUGUAACAUCAAUUUCCAAAGUAAGGCCUUAAGUGAAUUAAUUUUUCCAUUUAACAAUAUCAGAAAAUUUAUUAAAUGUUAUUUAAUUGAUUUAGAUCGUGUUUUAACACACAAAAAUAAGAAAAUUUUCAAAAAUGAAAAUGAGAUAAAUAAAGUUAAUACUAGUACUAAUAAUAAUAAAGAUAAAAACGAUAUAGAUAAUAACAAUGAAAGUAAUGAUUACACCGAUGUAAGCUUAAUUAAAAUUGAAAAAUAUAUAAAUCAACAAUUAAUAAAAUUAACGAAUGAAAUUUUAACUAUGAAGAAAAAUUAUGAAAAAAAAGAAAAAGAAAUGAAAAAUAAUAAUUAUGUUAUGAAAUGGAAUUUUUACAUAAAUAAAAAAAGUGAUCCUUUAAAAUGUUUUGUAUAUCUAGAUUUGCCAGAGGGUACAAUAAUGUUGAAACCAAGUGAAGUUGAUGAUAAAAAUUUUUUAAUAUCUAUUAAUGCAUUAAAUGAUAUUAGAAGAAAUAAUAAGGAAAUAUUAAAAAAUAUUUAUUUUAAGAAGUUUAAUAUUACUUUUGAUUAUAUUUAUAAAAAUUGUAAUUUUAUAACACUUUUGGUUAAUAAAUUAUUGGAUCAAGGAUAUUGCAUAAAUUUAUUUACUAUUUUUUCUUUAUUAUCAUCCUUCUAUAUUCUCAACGAUUCUUUUUAUCAAUGUUUUUUAUAUUUGUUAAGUAGUGAGAUUAUUUGGAAUCCUUUUGUUUAUAAUAUAUGGUGCAAUAUUUAUCAUACAACAUUACCAUUAAAAUUAUUUAUGCUAAAACAGACAUUUUCUUAUUCUAAAAUUGCAUUUAAUUCAUUAGUUGAUUAUAUUAAAUCUAAACUAAUUAAAUUAGAAACAAUUUUAAUAAAUUCCUCUUUAAAAAGCAAAAUAUGCCUAGAUACAAAACAAGACAAUAUAUAUGAUAAACAAAAUUUUAAAAUAGCUAUUGAUGAUUACAACAAAAAUGAUGAAGAAGAAUUUAAAUAUAUUUAA